UUGGCCGAUUUGAUGCCAUUUUUCAUUGAAUUUCCUGAAUAUGAACAGCAGGCCUUGACAAUAGCCGGAGCUGAGAGCUGUCGAAAAAGUUGGAUGAAAAAUGGUUGCUGAAAAUACCUUCAAGGAAAAAUGUUUAACUGGCGCUUUUGUCUUCAAAUCCUGCUAUUUAUUUUAAUUGUGUUCUGGGCUGGCAUUUGCAUUAAGCUGUCGUAUGAUGUUCUAAAGAAGCAUCCAGGUGAGCGUCGUCAAGGAACGGACCGAACCGAGUUGGGUCAGCAACUGUAUCCAUACGAUUUGAUGGGCGGCCGAGCGUCUGCUCUGCGCCAGCGUAACGCACUGCUGCGCCGCGAGGGCGUAUUCGACAAUGGCUACAGCAGCCGGCUGGUGGAUCUGGUCUAUCGCACCGCCAUGAAGAGCACCAACGACCGCAGGCGGCAGGUCGAGUUUGAGCAGAGUGUGGCGGCCGCACGACAGAUUAUCGAGCUGGCCGGCGCGGCGGCAGACGCCGAACGCACGGCCCACAUUCGCCUGGUCAGCGGCGAGGACUCGGUGCCCAUCAAUGCGCGCGGAGCCAUAGAUGCGGCAGAGCUCGUCGCCGCCGAUGACUACAACUUGGCGCAUUAUACAAGACUAAAGUCAAAAAAGUCGUGAAAAGGCGUCGUUGCUAAGAGUUGA